AUGCUCAUGGGAAGGCUAAGCAAGUGCAUUUCAUGGUACGAUUCUCGAAAAGAUCUAACCGAAAGACCUUUAUCCAGAUCUAUUGGAGUCUCAAACUUCAGUAUUGGUCAGCUCAAGCUCAUCAUCGAACAUGGCAGGAUCAUCCCCGCCGUAAACCAGAUUCCGUUCCACCCAUACAACUAUCAUGAACAAGCCGAACUGCUCAAGUUUGCAGAGCAGCAUGGGAUUAGGAUCGAAAGCUACAGCGGACUCACGCCAAUUACUAAACUACCUGGAGGACCCGUAGAUGUUGUAAUUGAGAGGAUAGCGACGCGGCUCGGCCCGAAAGCUACUCCAGCACAGGUUCUCAUGAGCUGGAUUCGUGCCAAGGGUGUAGUUGUUGUCACCACGACUUCGCGAAAAGAACGCAUCCAAGAAUAUCUGGCCACCCUAAGAUUGCCGCCCCUGACUGAGGAGGAUGUGGCUGCAAUUGAUGAGGCUGGAAAGCACCCUCCGUCUCCAGAACGCAAGAGUGGUUGUGUGCUGGCACAGCAAGAGACAUCAGGGACUACUGCAAUUGUUGCCAUGAUCCUAGUUUUGAUAGCCUUUUACUUCUUUGUCUGUUAG